CUUGAUCCACAUUUGACCGUUGUUGUCCAAUAAUUAAUUGACACGUGAAGUUCCAUGAUUUCAUUGAUCUCAUAAAAAUGUUUAUCAAACAACGAAAGUAUUGGGAGUUGAUCGUGGCGUGUGCGUUUUUAUCUUUUGUGUGUUUAAUAAUUGUGUCGGUAGCUCUUGGUACUCAGGAAUGGACAACAGCAACUGCUUCUGUUGUUGACAGCGUCGAAGAUGUUAAUGAUUCUACUAUUAAUCAUGGGCUCUUAACAGGGACUUUGAUUAGGAGGAUUCUGGACACUCCGAAGUCUUAUGAUAUCUAUCUUACUUGCCUGGUGAAUGAAAAUGUAUGUGCAUGGAGUUGCCUUGCUGAUGCUGAUUCGAGAGAAAAAGAACUCGAGUUACUUUUGAACAACGAAAUCCCGAAAUUUAAUUGUCCGCCAGUAUCAGCAUCAAGAAGUUUGCUAUCGAGAUCCGUUUUACGGGACGAUAGCAGCACCAACACGUCCACUAAUGGUACAGCGAAGGGAGAGUUUCUAGACGCUGGGAUGUUCUACAGCACAUUAACCACUGUGAUAUUUACCCUAAUCACGUUAUUUCUUCUCUUUGUAUUAUCUGUGGUAAAUUGCAUUAUGUGUCCGAAAGAACCGACCCUGAACACAACGGGUAUGGCUGUCUUAGCUAAUGUUGCCUUUGCGGUUAAUCUCCUUGGAGUGAUUCUUUAUGCGUGCAAUCAUAGUUUCUGGAUAAAGAAUAAUAUUGGAAUAAGAGAUACUAUUGUGGAUGAGUACAAAUCAACUGCAAGACUUGGAUAUUCGUUUUGGAUCUUCAUGUGCACCUGCUUCCUAAUUCCUCCCAUCGCCGUCUUCAUUUUCAUCAGAAAUGCAUUUCUGAGGAAAGAUAGGACAGAAACGGUUGUUAUUGUAGCGCAGAUCAAUGAUCCAACGACAGUACUAUAUUAGCGAAAUAAUGAUUGUGUUCUAGUUAAAUUUUAUUGCAGUCAUAGGAUAAUAGAUAAAGUGAAAACGUGAGUCAAUUGACUCUAAUUUUAAUACAAUUUAUUUACUCGGAUCGAAUUUAUUUAAACAAAACUGCAGGAGAAUUUCUUAACGAAUUCGCUGAAUUCUUGUAUCCAAUUUCUUGACAGAAAAACUCAAAUGAAAACAAAUCGAGCGAAUAUUAGAAGAAGGUUGAUUUGAUUUUUUGGUAGAAGCAGAUGUAAAAGAAAGAAAGACAUUUGUACCAUCAAAGGAAUAAACUGAAUUGCGUUGAAUUGAUUUAAAUAAAUACAACAAUGAUAAAUAUUAA